CAGCCGUCAGGAUUGAAUAUAAAUUUACAGUAAUGUUCAUAUUGAGAAGUUUCUAGCCAACAUAACUAUUCAAAAUAAAAUAUGUUUACUGUGUUUAUUAAAUGUAUUUUACCUUCUUUUCUACUUCUCAUCAGUUUCAAUCAUGCUGAAGUCAUCAAUUAUGGGAUUUAUUACAACAGUGUGCCACCACAACGGAACUUAGUGCAAGACAAUGUCAAAAUUGUAACCGAAACACUGACGAUUUUGGACUCAAAAGCAGUUGGUAACACAAGUUUUUCAUUCCAAGAUGGCAUCGAGUAUCUCUUGAUAUACGGAGCACUACUUCGGAAUGAAAUAACGAACAAUUUUGGUCAACUGAUUUACAAUCAUUAUCAAGAGUUGAGUGUUUCUGAAAUUGAAGCACUGCAGAAAAUACAUUUGCAAAUUUUAGAACGAAAGUAUAACAUAUUUAACCUUCUUCCAGAGAUUUUUAAACAUGGCGACCUCAGUCCUGCAUCAAUCUGUAGAUACAUGCAGUCUCAUAUUUUCAUGUGUUUGAAAAAAUAUUCAGUUAUUUGUAUGAACAUAGCAAUUGGAAGUAAUGAUUUUCAUGAUAACAUAUCGAAUACGACAGGUUUUGGUAUUGCUCGGAAGAUACAUCAGUCUUUGAGAGGAUCUAGAUCGAAUUCCAACCGAUUUUCGGCAACUAUGGUGAUGAAGUAUCUAAAGAUAGACGAGAUUAAAGCGACAUCUGGAUUAUUUUUAGGUCUAUUGCUGAAUGUUCAGUAUGACAAUCUAGAUCAUAACAUUCAGACGGCUGAGAGACAUGUUUUGCAGGACUUGUUCCUUCAAUUUACUAGUGAAGUAAAGAGAGAUCCUAAGAAGGGCUUCAAAAAAUACGAUUCUGUGAAUUUAUUGGUGAAGAGUAAUUUGUUAGCUUAUGUAUCAGAAGCAGCCCAGGGUUACGCGAAUUACCUGAGUCAACAUAUAUACACCAAACCGACAGAAGUUGAUGAGAAAAUUGAAUUACUUGCUUUUGUUUAUGGAAAUAAAUCAAUCAACCUCAAAUAUCUGUUUGAACUGGUUUUGCCGAAUGAUACUUUAGAUGCUGAUGUCAUUGACGCUCGGGAUUAUUUGAGGGGCCAAAUGGAGGAGCAGAAUAUUUUGAGAGACUUCUUGAAAGUUAAUAAAUACCAGCAGACAUCUCCGGACCAGUUGUUGCUGGACAUCCUGAUGCAGAUUCAAGAGUUAGAUUUCAUGACUGACAUAGCUAGCGCUUUAUACACCCAUGCUCUUUUUUGGCAUCACAGUCAUUCGGUUGACAAUCUAGGACAACUACUGGAACUGUUCAAUGCUUUCAAUAAUUUACGUGUCAUUCCAGCUUAUAACAAAUUCAUGGAGACUAUAAACCAAGUCAAGGAUCAUUUAAAAGACUCUUUGAACACUGACAUUGACAUCCGAUGCACUAGACCACGGAUUUGCUUGAAAAUGGGUCUGAAAACCCUAGCUCAUUGUGAUAGCAUUGAUAACACUACUGUAGGAUUGAUACAACAGUUUCUGAAUAACUAUAAAAACGGUUGUGAUGCUAAUCUUGAAAUCGGAUCAUUGGAAAGUACUACGCCGAUUGGUUUGAUUGAAGAAAAAUCAUCAACAUUAGCAUCAGCAGCAGCAGAAUCAUCAACAUUGGCAACAUCAUCAGUUACAUCAACCUUAGAAUUAUCAGCAACGUCACCAUUAGCAUCAUCAAGAUCAACAUUGGUGUCAGUGAUAUCAACAUUAGCUACAUCAACAUCAGAAUCAUUAACUACAGGAAUGAUCAUUGAAUCUUCUGGAACUCAAAACAAUUCUAGUUUUCCGAAAGAAAUGAACUUAGUGACCCAGGAGAAUGUCAAUAACACCCAAGAAAGUGCUGCCCUAGGUAAAAAAGACUCUUCUAUCGAGCAGAUUAAUUUAACUUCAUCAGAAAAUGGGAACCUCACGCAGCCAGAGAAACUUAAAUCAUCCGAGAGCGAGAAGACUAACAACGCUACUCUGAAUAAUGACAAUUCGGCUAAAGACCAAGAAGAUUCAUCAUGCGAAAGCGGAGAAGAAUGCGGAGAUGAUGAUACUCAAGCUAUUGGAGAUCAGCAAACGUCUACAAUUGCACCGAAAAAUGAUCCAUCAGUGCCAGGAGAUCAAAAAAAAGACGACAAUGACAGUGGUAAUGAAGAUGAGGGAGCAGCUGGCACCAGUUCUGACAGUGUUUCCUGUAAGUUAAAGGGAUGUUACGAGCAAACCGAUAGCAGUGCUGAUGAAUCAGCUGCUUCAUCAAGCAGCCAUGCGCCGAAAGUUGACGAAACCACGCCAUCAAGUGACACGACAACCAGCAUUUCAGUGGAAUAUUAUCCAACUCAUCAACCCUCUACUACCACAACAUCAACAACACUGAGAUCUAAGAAGCGAAGGAAGAUCAUCUGUCAUCAUUGGAAUCGCCAUCAGCGUCAGAAAGUUAACAAAUCAACAGCAGUAACUGAAGUAGUGACUGACAAAAAGCUCAAAAGCCAUCAGAAAGGUGUCAAUGCUAACAAUGAGCAACCUUUUGUGAUGAAAGAUGCAGAAGCUAGCUCAUCAGAAGCCAAACUAUCAAUGAUUGAUGAUGAUGCAUUGUCUCAGGAGUCUUUGGAGAAGGUUUAUUACCAGAAUUCGGAAUAUGAUGAUGAAAAUAACGAAGAGUUGAACGAAAAUGAUAGUUUAGGUUCCAAAGCUUCCAGCAAAGAGGUGAAAAACCGUCUCCUAGAUAUAAAUACGCCGAAGUUUUUCAAUUUUGAGAUAAAACGUGAUGAGACAGUUUCCGAAUAUAACACGCAGAAGAAAAGAGAUAUCCAUUCAGAUGAAUCCCUAGAUGAGGAUGUUGAGGAUCGCGUGUUGGAUUGGAACUCGCCCAAGUUCUUCAACUUUGAGAUAAAGAGAGAUGAAACUGUCAUUGGUGAUAUGCAUAAUAACAUGGAGAUGUCAGUGGAUUCCCAUGAUGUAGCCAAUACGAAUAACAAUGGCCGACCAAGAAGACAUGCUUGCAAUCAGACUGCUAAUGCAUCGUUGAAGAAGAAUAGAUCUGUGGAUGAAUCUGAUGUUGCAUCAAAUGCUGAUGUUAAAAAUCGUUUGUUGGAUUGGAAUGCACAGAAGUUCUUUAAUUUUGAGAUCAAGAGAGAUGAAAGCGUGACGACUAAUCAUUCACGGGCUAGAAGAGAUGUUGAUAAAGCUGUCAACAUGACAUCUCCUGCUGUUGAAAGAACAACUGAAUCCCUUUUGUCAACUAAACACGAGAAUUCUUCUGUGAUAAAUGAUGAUUCUGAAGCCGUGAAAAAUAAUAGUAAUAACUCAAGUGAUGUAGGAAUUGGAAAAUAUUUGGGAGGUUCAGGUUUAGCAAAAUUGUUUAAUUUAGAUGUAAAGCGCAAAGAAAUGUAAUUGUUUAACUGAUAAUAAUUAUAAUGUAUGAUGCUAAUGUUAAUAAAAGAAUAGAAAAUUAUAUAAAUAA